UUGAAAUAUAAUCUCUGCAGUUUUUGCACACGUAUUGCCUUUUGGAACCUCAAGAUGUCAAAUGGAACUGUGAGAAAGGUCUCACAUGGUGAUUUACAAACGGUGCAAAAUCUUAUUGAACGCUGUCUUCAAUUAUAUAUGAACCAGAAGGAAGUCAUGGAAACUCUAUUGGCUCAGGCAAAGAUAGAGCCUGGCUUUACAGAACUUGUUUGGCAAAAGCUUGAAGAAGAGAAUCGGGAAUUCUUCAGGGCUUAUUAUUUAAGACUGAUGGUCAAGCACCAAAUUAUUGAAUUCAAUAAGCUGCUUGAGCAACAGCUGCGUUUAAUGAGUCAAAUUCACCCACCUGGAGUUGCUCCAAUUCCUAAUUCUAAUAGGUCUCGUGUCCCACCAUUGCCCCAGAAUUCAGCAAGCUAUCCAAUAGAGCACACUGGACCAGCUAUAAAGUUGGAAAACGUGCACCAUCUAAUUGGCUCCAGUGUACCUAAUACAUUUAUUGAUGGAAGGUCGUCAUUAUGUACAAGUUUGCCCUCUGCCAUUGAAGUGUCUUCCCAGGUGAGCAGGGUUGAUAACACAACAAAUUUGCUUUCAACUAAGAGCAGAGGUCUGAUUGAAGGGAUGAAAGGGGGGAUGGUCAAAUCAGAAGUGGGAUAUUCAGGAAGCUCCCCAUACAUGUUUGGUGCUGAUGGCAAUGUCCUGGAAGCCCGACCAUCAGUUGCAGAUGCAUCUGUUGCAUCUUUCAGCAGUGGAGAGUCCACCUCUCAGACACUGAAUGAACCCCUUCUUGAUGCAGAUACUUCUUCAUUUGGAUUUUUGGGUCAGAUUCCUCGAAAUUUCAGUCUAUCAGAUUUGACAGCUGACUUUUCUCAUAGUUCAGAUAUACUGGAGAGCUAUUCUAGGUCACCAUUCCUAGUUACAGAUACUGAAAAUUUCCUUAAUUCUUGUGAAAGAGAGAGUCAAGAGACGGUACCUAAAUUGGGGUCUUGGCCUACAGGAGAUAAUAAAAGGUUGGACAUCAAAUCUGAAGGCAUAGGUCAUGGGGAUUUUGGAAGUGAAUAGUCUCUAGAAAUUGGUCAAACUUGUACAUACAUCUAAGACAAAUGGGUUUGUAUAUAACAUCUAAUAACUGCAGAAGAUGCAGAUGAUGAAGAUGGAGCUGAAAUUUUUGAAGACAUUAUUUUAUUUGGUUUGUUAAAGUUAACUGAUUAUGUAGAGUGUUGAAUUGAUAAGGAUCGCCGAUAAAAGUUGGAGUGUUAAAUAUCAUAAUGUUUGCUUGCUUUUUCUUUUUUUUUUGCAAUCUAUGGGAAAUUCAACUUAU